AUGCUUCACCGCAAUCCACUGAGGGCCCUGGCGGAUAUGUUUUGGCACAAGCACAAUGCGCCUGGGUUCAGAAUGGGACCGAGGAGAGACAAGGACACCGAGGGUGGGCAUCGGGCAUAUUCCACUGCAGAAACUGGCACAUGGUGGCAAGAAGCACAGGUGAGUGCUAUUGAUAGCUAUUUGCAGUUGCAAGAGAUGGUGAGUGAUGAGAGGGGAGGUGUAGAGAUUGUGAGUGAUGGGACGGGAGCUAGGAUGGGAGGUGCUGGGAUGGGGAUGGUGAGUGAUAGUAUGGUGAGUGAUGGGAUGGUGAGUGCUGGGAUGGUGAGUGCUGGGACGGUGAGUGCUCGGAUGCUGAGUGAUAGUAUGGUAAGUGAUGGGAUGGUUAGGGCUGGUAUGCUGAGUGCAAGGAUGGUGAGGGAUGGGAUGGUUAGUGCUGGGAUGGUGAGUGCCCGGAUGGUGAGUGCUGGGAUGGUGAGUGCUGGGAUGGUUAGUGCUGGGAUGGUGAGUGCUGGGGUGGUUAGUGCUGGGAUGGUGAGUGCUGGGAUGGUGAGUGCUGGGAUGGUGAGUGAUGGGAUGGUGAGUGCUGGGAUGGUGAGUGCUGGGAGGGUGAGUGCUGGGAUGGUGAGUGAUGGGAUGGUUAGUGCUGGGAUGGUGAGUGCUGGGAUGGUGAGUGCUGGGACGGUGAGUGCUCGGAUGCUGAGUGAUAGUAUGGUAAGUGAUGGGAUGGUUAGGGCUGGUAUGCUGAGUGCAAGGAUGGUGAGGGAUGGGAUGGUUAGUGCUGGGAUGGUGAGUGCCCGGAUGGUGAGUGCUGGGAUGGUGAGUGCUGGGAUGGUUAGUGCUGGGAUGGUGAGUGCUGGGGUGGUUAGUGCUGGGAUGGUGAGUGCUGGGAUGGUGAGUGCUGGGAUGGUGAGUGAUGGGAUGGUGAGUGCUGGGAUGGUGAGUGCUGGGAGGGUGAGUGCUGGGAUGGUGAGUGAUGGGAUGGUUAGUGCUGGGAUGGUGAGUGCUGGGAUGGUGAGUGCUGGGAUGGUGAGUGCUCGGAUGCUGAGUGAUAGUAUGAUGAGUGAUGGGAUGGUUAGGGCUGGGAUGGUGAGUGCUAGGAUGGUGAGGGAUGGGAUGGUUAGUGCUGGGAUGGUGAGUGCUAGGAUGGUGAGGGAUGGGAUGGUUAGUGCUGGGAUGGUGAGUGCCCGGAUGGUGAGUGCUGGGAUGGUGAGUGCUGGGAUGGUGAGUGCUGGGAUGGUUAGUGCUGGGAUGGUGAGUGCUGGGAUGGUGAGUGCUGGGAUGGUGAGUGAUGGGAUGGUGAGUGCUGGGAUGGUGAGUGCUGGGAGGGUGAGUGCUGGGAUGGUUAGUGAUGGGAUGGUUAGUGCUGGGAUGGUGAGUGCUGGGAUGGUGAGUGCUGGGACGGUGAGUGCUCGGAUGCUGAGUGAUAGUAUGAUGAGUGAUGGGAUGGUUAGGGCUGGGAUGGUGAGUGCUAGGAUGGUGAGGGAUGGGAUGGUUAGUGCUGGGAUGGUGAGUGCUAGGAUGGUGAGGGAUGGGAUGGUUAGUGCUGGGAUGGUGAGUGCCCGGAUGGUGAGUGCUGGGAUGGUGAGUGCUGGGAUGGUGAGUGCUGGGAUGGUUAGUGCUGGGAUGGUGAGUGCUGGGAUGGUGAGUGCUGGGAUGGUGAGUGAUGGGAUGGUGAGUGCUGGGAUGGUGAGUGCUGGGAUGGUGAGUGAUGGGAUGGUGAGUGCUGGGAUGGUGAGUGCUGGGAGGGUGAGUGCUGGGAUGGUUAGUGAUGGGAUGGUUAGUGCUGGGAUGGUGAGUGCUGGGAUGGUGAGUGCUGGGACGGUGAGUGCUCGGAUGCUGAGUGAUAGUAUGAUGAGUGAUGGGAUGGUUAGGGCUGGGAUGGUGAGUGCUAGGAUGGUGAGGGAUGGGAUGGUUAGUGCUGGGAUGGUGAGUGCUAGGAUGGUGAGGGAUGGGAUGGUUAGUGCUGGGAUGGUGAGUGCCCGGAUGGUGAGUGCUGGGAUGGUGAGUGCUGGGAUGGUGAGUGCUGGGAUGGUUAGUGCUGGGAUGGUGAGUGCUGGGGUGGUUGGUGCUGGGAUGGUGAGUGCUGGGAUGGUGAGUGCUGGGAUGGUGAGUGAUGGGAUGGUUAGUGCUGGGAUGGUGAGUGCUGGGAUGGUGAGUGCUGGGAUGGUGAGUGCUGGGAUGGUUAGUGCUGGGAUGGUGAGUGAUGGGAUAGUGAGUGCUGGGAUGGUGAGUGCGGGUAUGGUGAGUGAUGGGAUGGUUAGUGCUGGGAUGGUGAGUGCUGGGAUGGUGAGUGCUGGGAGGGUGAGUGCUGGGAUGGUGAGUGAUGGGAUGGUUAGUGCUGGGAUGGUGAGUGCUGGGAUGGUGAGUGCUGGGACGGUGAGUGCUCGGAUGCUGAGUGCUAGGAUGGUGAGUGAUGGGAUGGUUAGGGCUGGGAUGGUGAGUGCUAGGAUGGUGAGGGAUGGGAUGGUUAGUGCUGGGAUGGUGAGUGCCCGGAUGGUGAGUGCUGGGAUGGUGAGUGCUGGGAUGGUUAGUGCUGGGAUGGUGAGUGCUGGGGUGGUUAGUGCUGGGAUGGUGAGUGCUGGGAUGGUGAGUGCUGGGAUGGUGAGUGAUGGGAUGGUUAGUGCUGGGAUGGUGAGUGCUGGGAUGGUGAGUGCUGGGAGGGUGAGUGCUGGGAUGGUGAGUGCUGUGAUGGUGAGUGAUGGGAUGGUGAGUGCCCGGAUGGUGAGUGCUGGGAUGGUGAGUGAUGGGAUGGUGAGUGCCCGGAUGGGGAGGGAGGGAGGUGGUGUGGUGGGGAGACGUAGGGCUGGGAAGUGCUGGGAUUAG